AAGCUACAGGGAGAGCCCAGAGGAUAGAGCCAGACCCUGUACCCUGCCAUGCGCCCCCGUGACAUGGCCGAAUCAUAUCCACGUAUGCAUCGUAUGUACUCGGGUCGAUCCACGACUUGCUUGCCGACUUGCCGAAGGGCGUGGACACUCCUGUCAGCUCGAGGGACCACUCCCCUCCCCUCGCCGUGCAACUCGACAGUCGACGGAGAUGGUUUGACGAACACUGGUCAUUCUUCUAACUCGUCGUUAGCCCAGCGCGGACUGUGGGAGUGUGGCGUGCUUGUUUUCUCUUUGCCCUUUUCAAGAGUUCACACGAUGAUCUUGCAGCGCAUAGCCUCCGCAGUCGGUACUUGUCUACUCACUGUCGUCAUUGCGGGCGGCGGCACUUUCAUUGUGAUUGAGCUCCCUCUGAAAAGUGGACAAAUACGCAGGCACGGGUUGGGGGUCGUCACGUCGGCUGCCGUCCGCCUCGGGUCAGCCACUGCUGGCAACUGCACUCAUCCUUCUCGAGUCGUCCACCUUUGUAUUCACCCCUUGCAAGGUCCAAUGCAUCACUUUACCACCACAAAAGCAUGCAUCAUCGAGAGCGCGUCGCGUCGUAUGCUGUGUUUUGCAUGAGCUCCCCUCUUCUCAGAACUGUCACCGUUCGCCGCCAGCAGUACCUUUCGUCUGUCACGUUUCACGCUCCAUGUCCGAUAUUCAAGGGGCAGGCAGGGGCUAGGCGGGUCCUCUAUGGGCGGCUAAAUGGGUAUACCGCUCGAUUUAGAUCAGACAG